CAUUAUCAGCAGAGUGGAGUAACUGUCCUGCAUGGGAACAGUCCACCUGUCUGCUCAUGAUAUUAAGAGACCAGAGGAACUGAGGCCUGACACACUCGUGGCUCCUGAGCGGUCCGGACGUACAGGCGAGAUGAAAGGCCUCUGGUUGGUGUUUGUGCUUGUGGCUGCGGCUCAGGCCGCGAGGGUUUUCACUGGUGAUCAGGUCAUCAGGGUCAAUGUGCAGUCUGAGGAAGAGAUCCAACUCCUGCAGGCUCUGGAAAACCAACAGGAGUGGGAGCUGGACUUCUGGCUGCACCCAGUCUCCACUGAGCUUCCUGUCGACAUCCGUGUGCCCCGCUCCAGUUUGAGCUCUGUGAAAGAGUACCUCGAUGCCCACAGCAUCCCCUUCACUGUCAUGAUUGACAACCUCCAGGAGGUUCUCGAUGCAGAGAAAGCUGAGAUGUCAGAGAACCAGAUGAAGGAGCGCAGCACCAGGAGCUUCAACUUUGGAGCCUAUCAUCGUCUGGAGACAAUCUACAGCUGGAUGGACACCCUGGUGGCUCAGCACCCUAACCUGGUCACCAAGCAGGAAAUUGGGAAAUCCUACGAGAACAGGCCCAUGUAUGUGCUCAAGUUCAGCACUGGCGGCAACAAGCGUCCUGCCAUCUGGAUCGACACAGGAAUCCACUCCAGGGAAUGGGUGUCUCAGGCUACUGGAGUGUGGACGGCCAACAAGAUUGCCACUGAUUACGGCAGAGAUUCUUCCCUGACCUCCCUCCUGAACACCAUGGACAUUUACAUGCUGCUCCUGGCCAACCCUGACGGUUAUGCUUACACCCACACCAACGACCGUAUGUGGCGUAAGACUCGCUCCAAGAUCUCAGGCUCCGUGUGCCGUGGAGUCGAUCCCAACAGGAACUGGGACGCUGGCUUUGGCGGUCCCGGUGCCAGCAAGAAUCCCUGCUCUGAUUCCUACCACGGCCCCUCGGCCCAUUCUGAGAUCGAAGUGAAGAAUGUGGUGAACCUGAUCAAGAGCCACGGCAACUUCAAGUCCUUCAUCUCUGUCCACGCUUACUCCCAGCUGCUCAUGUACCCCUACGGCUAUUCCUGCAGAAACGUGCCCCAUCAGCCUGAGCUGGACUCUGUCGGCAGAGCUGCAGUGCAGAAACUCACCUCUCUCUACGGCACCAGGUACAAGGUUGGAAGCAUCUGCAACAUCAUCUAUCAAGCUAGUGGCGGCAGCAUUGACUGGUCCUACAAUGUGGGCAUCAAAUACUCCUUUGCCUUUGAGCUGAGAGACACCGGUCGCUAUGGUUUCAUCCUGCCAGCCAAUCAGAUCAUCCCCACUGCCUCCGAGACCUGGCUGGCCCUGAAACACAUUAUGGAGUACGUCCGUGACCAUCCUUAUUGAUGGCUACAACCUUGGAUGGAGGCUAAACUAUAAAUGAUUAAGUUGUCAGAUGUCUGACUUCAAUAUUAACCAAUAAAGUCACAAAUACCCUGUU